GAGGCGGGCGUUUUGGGGAUUCAUGGCGAGGGGCUCGUCAGUGCAGGCGCUCUACGAGCUCUGCAAAAAGACCUUCUCGCCUUCUGCCGCUGCUUCCUCUCCUCCUCCCACCUCCGCCAUCCGAAAGAUAGCUGCCCUCUUGGAUACAAUCAGUCCAGUGGAAGUCGGACUCAAAGCUGAUGAUCUGGAGGAUGAUAGGGGUCAUGGCUUUUUUGGCUCAAGCAUAUAUAAACAUUCAACCAGGGUAGCUCGAUGGGCUCAACCGAUAACAUACUUGCAUAUAUAUGAGUGCAAUAGUUUUUCGAUUGGUAUAUUCUGCUUGCCCACUUCAUCUGUUAUUCCACUUCAUGACCAUCCUGGGAUGACUGUGUUAAGUAAGAUUCUGUAUGGUUCUAUGCAUGUGAAGUCAUAUGAUUGGAUAGAGCCUGGCUGCGUGACGCGAAGUAACAAGCCAGAUGACUUUCCUGUAAGAUUGGCAAAAUUACACAUGGACACUGUUCUGACAGCACCAUGUCCAACCACUGUUCUAUUCCCAAGAAGUGGUGGCAACUUGCAUUGUUUCACUGCAGUGACUUCUUGUGCUGUUCUUGAUGUCUUGGCUCCACCAUAUUCCGAGGAAGCAGGACGGUGUUGUACCUAUUACCAUGAUUACCCAUACUCCACUUUCACACCUGUGAGUAGAAUUUUAGUGAAUGAGAAUGAAGAUGAAUAUGCAUGGCUUGAGGCUAUAGAAGCUCCAGAUGAUCUUCACAUGCGUUCAGGCAGAUAUACUGGACCAGCUGUACAGUUCCUAACAACAGGAAGAGUCAUGGUUUCCAGGAUCAUGCACUGUAGUCUGAAGUAUCCCUUCUUGGUGCACAUCAAGCUACAGUGAGAGCAACUCCUCCAGCAUGAAAGAGAAGAUGACAGCUCAAUCUACAGGCCUAAUCUGAUUUGAAGAACAUUGGUCCAAUGUAACAACCUUAUGCAUGCUAUGGUUUUGUUUUGCUACCACCGAAUGAAAGUUUCUUAUUAAUUUUGAACUGGAAAGCAAAACGACUGUGUUAUCUUUGCAUGUUGCAGUUCAAGUUCCCUUGGUCCAGAAUCAGACUGCUAAGUUAGCUUCAGGUUGUUUCUAACUUUAUGUUCGCAGACGCAUGUAAAAGAUCUAGGACACUAUUUUUAUCUUGCAAAUAAAUCGGUGAAAGAACUUUGAGCCACAAUGGCAACUCUUCUAAGCUCACAUUAUGGAUGUUAAUUUAUUCAUUUUGUAGGAAAUUUAUUUCUGACGCACUGAUAAUUUUACUUAACCAUGUGGAUGCUCUUAAAUUUGUCAUUCGUCUUAAAAGUCUUCACUGAUUGGAAGCUGGAGGAAUGUAAGGAGCACUAAAUCCCUCCAAAAUAUUUAUAGUGACUACUGAUUAGUUUUGCUGGGCAAAGCUAGUACUUAACUACUGUUCAAGUGUAUUUAUUUAUGACCUCUUGCUAAAUUCUGAUGAGAGAUGCUGAGUAGAUCAAACCAGCUGACUGGAAACUCUCAGGACUUUUGAUUGUUGUAUUAGAUUUUUAUUGGUUUAGGAUCUUCUUUAGUGCAGAAUUUGGUUGUUUGCUGUUCCGCCGGGUCAUUGUGCAUGCUAUUCCAGCUUUGUGCCUGCCCCUUUUUGGCUUCAUGCCACUUGCAAUCCUUUAAAUAGAUGUUGGCCAUUUCACAUAAUUGUUCUACAGAUGCUUCAGCUUAACAUCCAACAUGUGCAGGAGGCUAUUUUGAUUGCUUAGAUACUUUUUGUUGUCAUUAGGUCAGAUUGCAGCAUUUGGAUCUGACUCGAAGUGUAUCAUUCAUGUAACCCACAGAAGCAUAUGAAAGAAGAAAAAUCAUGGUGGUAUUUUGAAGUAGUGAUCAAUUACAUGGAAGGAAAAAAAGACCACCCAUUGCAGAGAACAUACUAAAUAUCAGAAGAAGCAUCACUUAAGCACACAAGGGAAGUGGGUUGGAAUCGGUCCAGUUGUUGCAGCUAGCAUGACAGAUUCUUGUUUGGUUCGAAGCUCAUUGUCACCUUUAAUCAUGCUUGGUCUUUUCUCUCCAUCGCACCGGUGGCAAUGGGACUUUGACAGAGGUGAUGACAUGCAAGGUGCACCAAACACCAGUGAUAUCUACUGCCUACCUGUACAAGACGCACACCUUGUACCUAAUUUCUUCAUCAUUCAUUGAUGCUGAGACCAUCAUGUUGCAUGGAUUCAUCUUGAGAUGGGACCUCGGUAUCAGCAGUGCUGUCGGCAGCCGCCAAAAUAUUCUCACGUCUCUUCGUCCAAAAAUGCACCGGUGGAGUGUAACGGAGGAGGCAUUGUUCAUGUGGUUUUGAACAGUGACAAGGUAAUCUCCCUGGAAAAGUCAUGAAAGCUAUAAUCCUCAGGGAUGUGAUGGAUGAGUGCUUCUCCUUGUCAUGGCACAAAGUCUCUCAGAAAAAUAAUGCAGGAAUUAAAAUGAUCGAUCACUGUCGAUUCAAAGCUUAAGCUCUACGAGUCAUGAAAGGUAUGGAUUUGUAAUAUUAGAGUAGAUCUUGGUGAA